AUGAAACUUUUUGUACAUUUUCAUCCGACAUUCCAUGAAGUUUGUUCCAGUCAAUUUGUAACAACGGAAUGGUUUCUAUACAUAUCAUCUAAUCAAAGUAAUCUUCAGUUUGAUUCUGUUCAAUAUCUGACACGGUACAGAUUCAAAUUUAGUGCAGUUGGACCAUUGCAAUUUCAAGCACUUGCUAGUUUUUGUAAGUUGAGCAAAGAAACAAUAAAUGAUGCAUUAAUUCAAUUUAAUUUAUCUACGUUGGUUACUGCCAAAGUAUUAUCUCGUGAAUUAUUUGAAUUGCAAACAACAAGUAUAAUUUAUUUAUUUAAAUUAAUAACAUCAGACUCAUUUAAUCUUAGAUGGAAAAUGAUUCGUUCUACUACUCAACGAAAUCAAAUUAUAACCGGUCUAAAUACAAAUUAUUAUCCUCGCUCUGUUAUAUACGAUUCAUUAUUGGAAAACUAUACAAUAACUAAAACUCAGUCUAUCUAUCCGAAUACAGUAACGUGGUGUGGAUGUUCGGCUUCAACACAAUGUGGUGGCUAUACAUUUUUAGACGUUAUAUCUGACGUCUAUGUCACUGAACUACCAACUUGGCAUUGUGGAUGUUUAACACUUGACGGUUUAUUACGAUCAACACUCAAUUGCUUUUAUAAUAAUUCAGAAUGUUCUGAAAAAAUAAUUAGAUAUAUGAGAAACAGUACAUCAUAUCCGAUGACGAAUAUUACUGGUCUUUAUUUAACAUCUAAUAGUAGUACAAAUGAAAAAUGA